AUCUACGCUCGCUGUCAAGAUACAUCGUACUCUCAGACUUGAGACUGUAUAACUGCUGACAAUGGCCACCUACAUCGUUGAGCAUCUCGACCCCGAGCUGGAAGACUGGCAGGCUCUCGAGUACAACGCCAUCUCCGAGGAAAGCCAGAACUCAGGAAACAAAUUCCUGCUCUCAGGACUGACACCAGAAUUCGACAAGUUUGAGAAGCUCGUCAUACCCAAGGCCGAGCGCACAGAGCGCACAGUAGAAUCCAUCUGCCCAUCUCAGGAAGCUCGUCAGAAAGUCUGCUUGCUCGACCCUAAAGCAGAGAAGGAUCUGAGUCCAGAGGAUGGACCCCUCUUCGAUGCAUUUCUGUUUGGCGGCAUUCUCGGCGACGACCCUCCGAGAGAUCGCACUGGUGACCUACGGAAGCUGGGAUUUCCAGGGCGUCGACUAGGGCCCGAGCAGAUGACAACCGAUACUGCUGUGCGAACCACUAGAAUCGUUGUCCAGGAGGGCAAAAACCUCAGCGAAAUUGAGUACAUUGAUCGUCCUGAAAUUCCCAUCACAGACGAGAAUGGCAAGAUCAAGGCCAAUGAGACGAUCGAAAUGCCGUUCAAAUAUGUCAAGGGUGGCGAUGGCAAGCCAAUCAUACCCAAAGGCAUGCUGGAGCUGCUCGCCAACGAUGCCGAGAAAGACAUUCUUGACCUGUUGUGAGCUGCUACUGCCUCGGCCCUCAGACUCAAUGGCUCGUGUUACAUCAUGAGGCUAGGUGCUAAUCAGCACAAACAAGACCGUCGAGUAUGAGCUUCAUGCUUCACUCGUCAGGGCACACAGAUCACAAGCUGGACUCGCUUUCACAUGUAGGCUCUCAGCAUGUGCUCCCUCAGCUGAAAAAGCAUGGAUUAUGUAGGUGACUGGUUGUUCACUUCCUUGAGUGGUAAUGCAUAGUCUCGCACGACUCUUUUCCUUCAGUGUCAGAACAGCAAUAUUCUUCAUGCAACCAAGACUAGAAGCGCGCUUUCGGUACUUAUCAGAAGUCAGGC